GGUGAGCCCCGAGGACCGCUGGGGAGAGUACUCCUGCAUCUUCCUCCCGGAGCCCAUGGGCAAGGCGGACAUCCCGCUGACGGGGCCCCCCCGGGUGAAGGCGGUGAAGAAGUCAGACCACAUCGACGAGGGUGAGACGGCCGUGCUGGUCUGCACGUCCGAGUCGGUGCCCCCAGUCACGGACUGGGUCUGGUCCAAGCUGGUGUCCUCGGGGAGCCAGGUCGUGGUGAACGGCUCCCAGGACAGGUUCUUCGUGAGCUCCUCGGCGGGGCGGUCGGAGCUGCGCAUCCAGGACCUGGACCUGAAGGCGGACGCCGG